UUAUGAAUAUUUGCUAAUUAAUUCUGAUGAAAAAUAAUGGGGAAUUGCAGAAAGAAGACAUGACAAACAAAUCUUACGAGGAGGCCAUUGUUUCCCUCCAGAACCUUCUCAGUGAAAAGGGAGAGCUGGGACCAGUUGUAGCAGAAAGAAUCGAUGAAAUCACAGCUGAGUUACAAACAAGCAGCAAACCGUUCGACCCGGUUCACAGGAUCAAGUGUGGCUUUAAUUAUUUCAAAACAGAGAUAUAUGACAAAAAUCCAGAACUGUUUGACAAACUCAAAAAAGGCCAGGAACCCAAGUUUUUGGUGUUUGCAUGCUCGGAUUCACGAGUGAGCCCAUCCAUUGUCCUCAACUUUCAGCCCGGUGAGGCUUUUAUGGUUCGAAACAUAGCCAACAUGGUCCCUCCUUAUGACAAGCUUAGGUACUCAGGAACUGGAGUUGCCAUUGAAUACGCUGUUCUCCAUCUGAAGGUAGAAAAUAUUCUAGUCAUUGGUCACAGUACCUGUGGAGGUAUCAAGGCUCUCAUGAGUCUUCCACAAGAUGGUUCUGAAUCAACUGAAUUUAUUGAGAAUUGGGUGAAAAUUGGAUUACCUGCCAAGGCCAAGGUGCUAGCUGAGCAUCCAAAUAUAAGUUUUGAAGAACAGUGCAAAUACUGUGAGAAGGAAGCUGUGAAUGUAUCACUAGCCAACUUGCUGACCUAUCCAUUUGUGAGAGAUGGUUUGGUGAAUAAAACAUUGGCAUUGAAGGGAGGUUACUAUGAUUUCAUUAAAGGAGAAUUUAAGCUAUGGGGACUUCACUUUGGCCUUUCUCAUCCUUGUUCUAUCUGAAUUCAACUAC